AUGAAGCAUCAAGAUGCCUCAGUCGGUCGCCACCUCCGCAUCGUGUUGGCAUAUUGCCUAAUUGGUUUCGCGAAUACGGUUCUCCCAAGCGUGGUCCACUCGAGCUCGUAUCUGAUCGUUCCUUACUCGAGGCCCGUCGUCCUCGUUAUUCGAAUCCUCCCAGCGGUCCUCACAAAACUGGCGCUGCCGCACCUCUUGCACGGAACUGCAGACAGACAGCGGCCACUCGUGCUGGGCAUCGGUUGGACGUUCAGUGCGUUCCUGACUUGGAUCUCGCCUCCCAAUGUGUCACCCAAUAUCCGCAUAUUUGCUGUGGUCCUUGCCUCGAUGUCCGCCGCGGCAGGCGACGUAUCCUGGCUAGGCUUGCUGCGAUAUUACGGCAAGCACGGCCUCGUCGGAUGGGGAAUCGGAACAGGCCUGGGCGGUCUUGUCACGGCGGUAUUGCCGUACUAUCUGACAAUUCACUUGAAUGGCGAGGUGCGUCAGGGCCUGACUUAUAGCUGGUACCUCGUGCCCAUGCUGGUUGGCGCGCACUACCUGAUCCUGCCACACGCAGUGCCAGAUGCUGCAACGUCAAAGGACGAAGAGAAAGCCAAGGGUCAAAUUGAUCUAGACAACCAAAGCAGGACGUCGAACGAUCCAUUGCUCGCCGAACACGAGUCACUCGACUCGUCCUUGCUUGAGCUAGCGCAAUCGAAUCUGGAGGUGUUGUCAACCCUGGUUAAGCCAUGCAUCUUGCCGCUGGCGAUGGCCUUUAUUGGUUCUGGUGUCAUUUUCCCGGGCUUCAGUCGAGCGAUGGCAAUGGGCACCUCUUUUGACACGUAUGCUACGUAUCUGGCAGCUGUCGGAACAGCUUUCCAAGUGGGUGACUUGCUGGCACGAUCAAGCGCGCUACUCAUCAAAUCGCCACGCAAGCAAUACGUCUGGCUCGCUCUGCCUGUGACGAUAGCCUUCCUGGCGGUCAAUGCAGCAUUUGUCUUGACGACACCAGGCGCUGUGGUGUACGCUGCCCUUUUCCUCGCCGGCCUCGCUGUAGGCACAACAUACAUGUCAACAUGGUCGACAGCGAUGGGAGUAACUGCAAAGGAAGCGGGUGCGAGCCAGCAAGUCCUUCUGGGCGCGAUAGGCGUGGGUGAGCCCGCGGGACUGCUUGUUGGCGGGUUGCUUGGUGCGGCUCUCGAGGGGCUGAUGUGUGGUUACGGUCGGGGAGGUAGAUGGUGCAGCGCAACGAGGUGA